GCGAACAAUGGCUGCAUCCAGGCCGAGCAGCAUGGCCGUGGCAAUGGUGGCGGUCGUGGCCGUGCUCCUGUGCGCGGGCGUGCGGCCGGCGGAGGCGUGCAACGGCCACCCGUGCCCCUCGCCGGCGGGCAAUUGCCCCGUGAACGCGGUGAAGCUGGCGGUGUGCGCGGACGUGCUGGACGGGCUGAUCCACGUGGUGCUGGGGCAGUCGCCGCCCAAGCAGCCGUGCUGCUCCAUCAUCUCCGGCCUGGUGGACCUGGACGCCGCCGCCUGCGUCUGCCUCGCCAUCAACGCCAACGUCCUGGGCAUCAACCUCGACGUCGACGUCGACCUCACGCUCCUGCUCAACUACUGCGACUGCAAGGUGCCCAAGGGCUUCCGUUGCGACUGAUUGACCGUGACGGAUGGUCAGUACGUCUUCGUGCAUGCGUACGUUCCAUGCUGCAUGCAUGCAAAGCAUAUGCAUGUGCACGUACUCAUUGUUCUUUGUUGUUUUGUUUUUGAUAUAGCUUACCACUCAUGUCAAGUGGUGCAUGUGCACGUACUCUACAUGUCAUGUUCAGCUGCCAUUAGGAUUGUCGCCGUGUGCUCGGUCUAUAUUUAACGUGUCAAUUCCCAGCGUGUGUGCCGUUGUGUAGUAAAAGCGACAUUUCCUUUUAA